CACACUUCCACCCAUGGCCGACUGUAGGUGAUCCAGCUCCGCCAGUCUCCAGCAGGUGUCCACCAUGGCGAGCACGGCAAGCGGAUCUCUGGCGCUCUCUCUCUCCCUCGUCGUCAUUUCGAUGGCUUUUCUCCUGAAAGUGGAAGGUCAGAACCUGGCAACCGACAACGUGUCAGUGGUGGAGGGCGAGACGGCCACCAUCAGCUGCAGGGUGAAGAAUAACGACGAGUCGGUCAUCCAGCUGCUCAACCCCAACAGGCAGACCAUCUACUUCAGGGACGUCAGACCCCUAAAGGACAGUCGGUUCCAGCUGGUCAAUUUCUCUGACAACGAACUGCGGGUGUCUCUGUCCAACGUGUCACUCUCCGACGAGGGACGCUACGUCUGCCAGCUCUACACCGACCCACCUCAGGAGGCCUACGCAGACAUCACCGUCCUGGUGCCUCCAGGAAACCCAAUCAUCGAGAGCCGCGAUGACGUGGUCAGCGAGGGCAACGAGACGGAACUCACCUGCACGGCAAUGGGCAGCAAGCCAGCCGCCUCCAUCAGAUGGAUGAAAGGAGAGAUAGAACUGAGAGGAGAAACAACAGUGGAAGAGACGUACGACAGGAUGUUUACUGUCAUCAGCCGAGUACGAUUGUCUGUCAGUAAAGAGGACGACGGCGUGCCCGUGGAUUGCAUCAUUGACCAUCCGGCGGCCAAUGACCUGCUGGCACAAAGGAACUUGGAAGUGCUAUAUAAACCAGAAGUGAAGAUUGUGGUGACGUAUCCUGAAGGAUUAACUCGAGAAGGUGACAAUCUCGAUCUGACGUGCAUCGCAGAAGGAAAACCACAUCCUCACCAGAUCAACUGGCUGAGAGUGGACGAGGACGUGCCGCCUCACGCCGUGGUCACAGGCUCGGAUCUUUACAUCGAGAACCUCAACAAGUCCUUCAACGGCACGUAUCGCUGUGUGGCGUCCAACGCUGUGGGCGAGGCCUACGAUGACUACAUCCUCUACGUGUAUGAUGCUCCCACUACUAUCCCCACACCCACCACCAACCCAGUCAACACGCAAGACUCCCGAGCCGGCGAGGGGGCGCCACCCAAAAUCGACCAUGCCGUCAUCGGCGGGGUGGUUGCCGUAGUGAUGUUUGCCAUCCUCUGCGCACUCAUUGUUCUUGGUCGAUACUUUGCCAGACACAAAGGCACCUACUUCACGCACGAAGCCAAAGGAGCGGACGACGCCGCCGACGCCGACACGGCCAUCAUCAACGCCGAGGGUGGACACAACAACACAGAUGAGAAAAAGGAGUAUUACAUCUAAAACUAAAAAGUGGAGUUAUUGUGUCUAACUUUGAUUAGGUUGAUUGUUAGGGGGAGGGGCCAGACUUAAUGAGGAUGACCUAGGACUGGCAUGGCCACAUGUUAAGAAGUGUCUCCUUUCUAAACCCUUUCUGGACUGCUGGGGCCGAGAUAUUAUGUACAGUUUCUUUAUUUUACAGACAAUUUUGUGCCUUGUUCUAUUUCUUUUGUCCCCUAAACAUGCUUGUUGCUUUAGAUAUUUUACAUUGGACCGUUUUGGGCAAGAUGAACAUGGCCUGUGUGUGUGUGUAUGCCAGCUUGGAGUUUGUCGCCGUGCACAAAUAUAACGCUCAUCAUCAUGGUUUUUUUUUUUUUUAUCGGGUUUCUUUUUGUGAGUCAUCUUAAAGGUUAACAACCUGGACACAGUGUCAACACAUUCAUAUCUAACGGGUCAGAGGCCAGCUCUUGCUGCAAUUUCAUAACACUUCCUGCUCAAACAUGACUGCCAAGUGUUACACAUGCUGACAAAAGGCCACUUUAUUAGGUACACCUUAUCAUCGUCGGACAAAGGCAGUUACUUUACAUUAUCUCUGGAGACCUUUUAAAACUGCUGGAUAUCCUAAAAAAUUUUUUUUCCCAAUCUA